ACGUGUACCACUUUAGCGACAUCUCUGAACAAAAUAAGUAUUAUACGUAAACAAAAACAAACUCUUCACUGGCUUUGACUAUUAUCGAAACAGUUUUAUUGUGUAUUCCGGCGAGUUAACAUCGUAGCUCUCUAUUUCUAAAAGUGAAGACUUCAGAAUCAAUAUUAUUUGAUCGUGCUUUUUUAACGUGCUAUUUUAAUAGUACCACGGAUUUUAGAAUAGUGUUACCGUCAGCCCGUGGAUCUCCAGAUACAGCAACUUCCACGUGAUGAGUCGCAGGCGGCGAUGGAAAUUAUACAUCAUUUUGGUCGAAUAGAAGAGAGUACAGACGAAGCAACAAUUUGUGAAGAUAAUAUCGGGAUGGUUUUGGAGGAAGCUGAAAUAAUAGAUACGGAUGGUAAUAUAGAAAUUACAUCGGAAGAUGAUAAUGUUCAAUAUCAAUUUUGUCAAAUAAAUAGAAAUGAAAGUACUGUGGCGUAUCGUGUUGUACAAGUUAGUGAUAAUCAUUUAGACAAUAAUGAAUUAUCCUUAACAACGCCUGUAAAUAAUACUGUACAAGUUUUAACUUCUCCAAUAAAUGGACAGUUUUAUUUGUUGAGUAGUGGUAACGAAGUGCUUACCUCAGAUUCUGCGAGGAAUGUAAUGCCUCGCGUUGCCAAAGUACAAAUAGAAACAUCUGAGAAUCUUGUUCCAGGUGUCAAAAAAAGAGACGAAAGAAGAAGAGUAACGCAUAAUGAAGUAGAAAAGCGUAGAAGAGACAAGAUCAAUAAUUGGAUCUUCAAAUUGGGAAAGCUUCUACCAGAUAAUGAAAAUGGCAUUAGCGAAGGAGAUAUAAAAGCUAAUUCUGAGUUGCAAAGCAAAGGCGAUAUUCUAGCGCGAGCAUGCGAAUACAUAACGGAAUUACGAGAGAUUCGAGAAAAGUACACUCAAAAUUUGGAAGAGAAUACACAGUUAUUAGAGGAAGCCAAAGCUCUCAGACAAGUUGCGACUCAAUUAAGAAAAGAUAAUUACCAAUUAAAAUCACAAUUAUCUAAUAGUACUAAUUAUAUACUAGGUACUUAAUUAUUAAGUACAUUCUAUGAUAUUUGAUACAUUCUCUCUUUUUUUUUUUUUUAAUUUUUACCAAUGUGUUCCAUAUUUUUUUACACUAUAUCUACAGGACGUACGUACGUAGUGCAACGUAGUACAAUAAAACGUGACUGUAGUAAUUACAAAAUGUUUAUUUACACGUAUUUAACUCAACAAUACUUGUAUCUGAUAAAUGAUAAAUCGCAAUUAUAUAGUUAUAAAUUCAACUGUACAUAUAUACUAUAAACAAUAACUAUAUAUAACGCGAAUGAUAGAUUAAAAGUUGGAAAUUUAUUAUUAAAUCAUUAAAUCAGAUGUACAAAUAUACAAAACGUUACAUCAUAAUCAAUAAGUAACUUCGUUUGAAUGUUACAUAUAACUAAUUUGAAAGUUACUUUUUUUUAUUCUAAAAUGCGUUGAAGUUAUUAACUGGUAGGUCUACAGUAUUUACAAUUGUAAAAUACAUCUAUUUAUGUACAUUUAACAGAGCAACAUGUUCAGUAUUAUUUUCUUAGUUCAUUGCCAUGAUAUAUCUAAGUAUGUUGAUAAUAACAAAAUGAGCUUUAUAUUUUUUUCUCCUUAAAUAUGCACAUACAGUUAUCAUUAUCAAAUUUAGGGGAAAAUAUAUAUAUAUAUAUAUAUGUAUAUGUAUAUGUAUAUGUAUAUGUAUAUAUAUGUAAUUUCUAGUAUUAUUAUUGCUUCAAAGCACAUUAUUUUACUUUUUGUAUGUAGCUUGUAUUUCCGAUAUAUUCGCAUUAACAUCUUGUACUUUAUUGGCUCUAAGCAAUAAUGGCAAGAGGCUUCCAAUAGUAGUACAAGAGAUGGAAUGAUAUUUAUAGUUGCGUGUCUCUAAAUAUUUUUUAGAUUUUUAGAACGUUUCAUCGAUAUUUAAGAUGAUAUUGAAAAUAAAUAUUAAUCGUCGAAAUCAACGUUCAUCUGAUAAUAUUCCUUUUCUUAUCAUUUUAAGCAUAAAUUCGAUAAGUUAUUUCGGUGAAUAAUAAAUAAUUUAAUAUUAUCAUUUCCUCUAAUCCUUUUAUCAUGAGAAAGAGAGAAAAAGAGAAAGAAAGAGAGGGAGAGA